AUGGAUAGUAAUUCCAAUUCUAACAUCUCAAUUAAUGGUUUCAGCCACUCAGGCCUCUCUGAAGCCAGGCAACUAAGAAAGCAAGCUGAAGAAGAUUCUCGACUUCUCGCUAAUCGAAUCUCCCUUCUUCGCCAAGAAGAAGCAAAAGCAUUAAAAAAGAUCGAAGAGACUAGAAAGCGUGCUCAAGAAAUACUUGCUGCGCGAGCCAAAAAUGAAGAAAAUCAGCAGCAGCAAAGGCAAGCUCAGCUAGAAAAAGAGCUAGAAAAUAAAAAAAAGGCAGAGGAAUUCAAGAAACAAAAGGAGUUUGAAAAAAAGAAAAGAAGUGCCCUUAGAAACCAAAUGCAGUUAAGAGCCAAACAGGACGCUCUGAGCUUAAAAGAAGUGAAUAAACGAAGAAAAGCAGCAAAAGAAGCUCAGAUGAAAGAAGAAAACAUGCAAAAAAUGUCAUUGAGAGACCAAAUAAAGGAACAGCAAAGAGAGGCUGAAGAGAGAAGAAGACUUAUAGAGGAAGAAAGAAGAGCCAAAUUGAAGAAAGAAAUUGCGAAGAAAAUUGAAGAAGAAAAUCAGGCGAGGAUUGAAAGAGAGCAGGAAAUAGAAAGAAUGGAACAGUUAGAAUUGGAACUUAUUCAAAGACUACAAAAUACGCAGUUUAUGCAAAGAAAUGCUUAUGAAGAUUUGGAAAAUGCGUUGAGUGGAAAUAUUGAUGAAAAUCUCAGUGCGAAAUAUAGGGAUUAA